AUGUCCAAGUUUGAACUACGCAGAUUAUGCCGUGUCAUCGGAGCCACCCCCCUGGCCCGCCUUGGUGCCCCUAUGCCCGAUGAGAUGGGAAAUGUUGAUGUUGUUGAGACUAUGGAGAUUGGGGGUGACCGUGUAACGAUUUUCAGACAAGAAGAUGCCGGAUCUGUUAGUCGCACCUCUACUAUCAUCCUUCGAGGAGCAACACAAAACUACCUGGAAGACGUUGAGCGUGCCAUUGAUGAUGGCGUGAAUGCGGUGAAGGCUGUGGCUAAGGAUCCACGAUUGGUACCUGGAGCCGGGGCCACAGAGAUGCAGCUGAUUGAACGGCUCACGCAGUUUGCGGAUAGAACCCCUGGACUCGCCCAGCAUGCCAUUAGAAAGUAUGCUGAAGCCUUUGAGGUCAUCCCACGAACCCUCGCCGAAUCAGCCGGUCUCAAUGCCACUGAAGUUCUCUCUAGGUUGUAUACCGCUCACCAAGAGACAGCUAAGGAAUCGGAGGAGGAGGAAGAGGAGAAUGACGAGGAAGAGGAUGAGAGCUCUGAAGAAGAAGACCCCAGCUGGACCACUGGAGUUGACGUUCUUGCCUCAUCCCCAUCCGGAACCAUUGAUGCCGUGGAGGAGGAGAUUCUUGACCUUCUUGUUUCCAAGUCAUGGGCAAUCCGGCUAGGUUCUGAGUCUGCUCGAACAAUUCUCAGCGUGGACCAGAUUAUUGUCGCCAGACAGGCCGGUGGUCCCAAGCCACCGGGCCAAAACCCUAACUGGGAUGAAGAUUAA